AUGGGAAAAUCUCUUUCUCACCUGCCUUUGCACACAAGCAAGGAGGAUGGCUAUGAUGGAAGCACAGUGUCUGACAACAUGAGGAAUGGGUUAGUUAACUCAGAAUCCCACAAUGAGGACAGCAGAUGUGGAGAUGUGUCGCAGUUUCCCUAUGUGGAAUUUACAGGAAGGGACAGCGUCACCUGCCCAACUUGCCAGGGAACAGGAAGAAUUCCACGAGGACAGGAAAAUCAGCUGGUAGCACUAAUUCCAUACAGUGAUCAGAGACUGAAGCCAAGAAGAACAAAGCUCUAUGUGUGUGCUUCUGUAAUUGUGUGUUUACUGCUUUCUGGGCUGCCUGUGUUCUUCUUGUUCCCUCGUGCAAUCGACGUGGAAUACGUUGGCGUGAAGUCAGUGUACGUCAGCUAUGAACGGGAUAGACGAAUCAUCUAUCUCAACAUCACAACCACACUAAAUAUAACAAACAACAACUGUUACUCUGUUGAAGUGGCAAAUAUCACAGCCCAGGUUCAGUUUUCAAAAACAGUUAUUGGCAAAGCACGACUAAACAACAUCACCAACAUUGGUCCUCUGGAUAUGAAACAGAUUGACUAUAUGGUGCCCACAGUCAUACAAGAUGAAAUGAGCUACAUGUUUGACUUCUGCACUUUACCAUCCAUCAAAGUGCAUAACAUAGUAGUGAUGAUGCAAGUGACAGUGACAACCUCUUACUUUGUCCACUCUGAGCAAAUAUCCCAGGAGAGAUACCAGUACGUGGACUGUGGAGGAAACACAACCUACCAGCUGGGCCAGUCAGAAUAUUUAAAUGUACUUCAGCCUCCUCAAUAAAAGCACCUGUUGGUUAGUGUGAAAUGACUGCUGUUGAUGCUUGCAGUGAUCCUUUCAGUAGGACUGGUACUAUGUGAAGGGGAAAGUACAUGCAUGUGAAGCAUAGCAAACAUGGAGACCUGUUCACUUCAGGUGCAGGGAGGGAGAAGGUGCAAAAUGUAUAUAGUAGAUGCACUUGUUGAAUGUUGUGUUUUCCCCUUC